ACAAACAAAAUGAGUGCCUGGGAAAAUAAUAAAGAAAUUCAAAUAUUCCGUGAAUAUCUACGCAUUCCAAGUGUCCAUCCAGAUAUUGAUUAUGAACCCUGCGUAGAAUUCCUUAAAAAACAAGCCAAUGAUUUGGGUCUUCCAGUUAAUGUCUAUUAUCCAGGGGGUAAAACUAAACCAAUUGUCAUCAUCACCUGGCAAGGUACCCAACCAGAAUUGCCUUCUGUCAUAUUAAAUUCCCAUAUGGAUGUGGUGCCCGUGUUCGAAGAUAAAUGGACGCAUCCACCAUUUUCCGCACACAUGGAUGCGGAGGGUAAAAUAUUUGCACGCGGUUCACAAGAUAUGAAAUGUGUUGGUAUGCAAUAUUUGGCUGCCAUACGUGCCUUAAAGCAGAAGGGGAUGCAUAUGAAACGUACCGUGCAUGUGACAUUUGUUCCAGAUGAAGAAAUCGGUGGCCACUUGGGCAUGGAACCCUUCAUCGAAACCGAAGACUUCAAAAAGUUAAAUGUUGGUUUCUCGCUGGAUGAGGGUGUGGCCGCUGAGGAUGACAGCUAUUGUGUCUACUAUGCUGAGAGAUCGAUUUGGCAAAUCCACUUCCAAAUAACCGGACAUGCCGGUCACGGCUCCCUGUUGCUAAAAAAUACUGUCGGUGAAAAACUCCAUUAUAUUCUCAAUAAAAUGAUGGCCUUCCGUGAACACGAAGCCCAGCGCUUAGAAAACGAUCCGUCCCUAUCGAUUGGUGAUGUGACCACAGUUAAUUUAACCACCAUUAACGGAGGCGUUCAGAGUAAUGUGGUGCCACCAUUUUUGGAUGUCUGUUUCGAUAUACGUCUAGCCAUUACUGUGGAUCAUGAGGAAUUUGAAAAGCAGGUACGCAAAUGGUGUGAAGAAGCUGGUGGUGACAUUGAAUUGCAUUUCGAACAGAAACAACCCAAAGUUGAGCCCACAAAAACCGAUAGUUCCAAUAUCUAUUGGGUUGCAUUUGAAAAUUGUUUGGUCAAGGAAUUGGGCUUGAAAAUCCGCAAACUUAUCUUCCCCGGUGGCACCGACAGCCGUUAUAUACGCGCGGCUGGCAUACCCUCAAUCGGUUUCUCACCCAUGAUCAAUACGCCCGUGCUAUUGCACGAUCAUGAUGAAUACCUUAAGGCUGAUACCUAUUUGCGUGGCAUUGAGAUCUAUGAAAAGCUAAUACCAGCUGUAUUGAAUGCCUAGAAGAUGAU